AUCGUUUGAUUACAAUCCGUUGGCUUCAGAGUUGAUGUGAUAUCAUCGCACGGCGAGAACUGUAGUCAUCGGCGGUGGUUUUGCUUUUUAAAUUUUUUUUCUAAAUAAUAAUAACAAUAUACAAUUAUCGCUGUUUACCGCCCAACCGCCGCCGUUCCGCAAAACUAUUGGUAACGCUAACAAGAUACGCGUCUCUCACAGUAUCUCGCGAUAUUUUCAUUACCUUUUGUCGAAGUGCUAACGUUAAGUAUUAAUUCGUACGUCCGUCCGUUUUUCGCCCCAAUGAGUGUGAUGUGCGCGACGUGACAGGAAAAAUGAACGGCCGUCCAUCGUACUACCUUAGCCACUCGCCGUUCUCCAACAAUUCGCUUGCCAUCUGCAAGGAAAUUCAACGGUUUGAGAGCGUUCAUCCGUCCAUCUACGCUAUUUAUGAUCUCAUUGAACUCAUACCUGAUCCAAUUGUCGCUCAACAAGUCAGGGAUCACGUUGUGUGUAUUGAAGAUUCGUUUGUAAACAGCCAAGAAUGGACAUUGUCACGAUCAGUGCCAGAUCUACGGUUGGGUAUUGUUGGUUCGCUAUCUUCUGGCAAAUCAGCGCUGGUUCACAGAUACCUGACGGGAUCGUACAUGCAAGAAGAGAGUCCAGAAGGAGGUAGGUUCAAGAAGGAGAUAUCCGUGGACGGUCAUAGUCACCUGUUGUUGAUUAGAGAUGAGGGUGGUUCUCCAGAGUCACAGUUUACUGCCUGGGUAGAUGCUGUUAUAUUUGUAUUCAGCUUGGAGAACGAAGCGAGCUUCAACGCUGUGUACGGAUACUACACGAAAAUGGCACACUACCGAAACUCGGCCGAAAUACCGCUCAUUUUGGUCGGCACACAGGACGCCAUUAGUGAAACUAACCCUCGAGUAAUAGAUGACACAAGAGCCAGGAAGUUAGCGGCGGACCUGAAAAGAUGUUCGUAUUACGAGACGUGCGCCACGUAUGGUUUAAACGUGGACCGCGUGUUCCAAGACGCUUGUCAAAAAAUAAUUCAGCAGAGGCUAUCUGCGUCUACUAACUGUCUGUCGGACUCUCGGUGUUCGACACCCGCCUCUUCGUCGACUACCACCCCCGUUGGUGGUCUGCAGUCUGCUUCCUAUGCAGGCAACCAACUCCAACACCACCAAAUCUACCAACACAUGCAAUCUCCGGCCACCGGUUCGCGGACGUUCUCGCAGGCUUCCUCGUCGCCGUCGCCGCCAGUACACGGGGCCGGUGGCGCGUCGCCCUCCCAUCACGGCAGCAGUGGCGUGGUCAGUGCGUUCAAGGAGUCGGUGCUCCGGUCGAACUUGUCGCUGAACCGACAACCGCUUGAGCUGUCCAUAGCCCUGGACAACAACAAUGUAUCGACGAAAACCGCGUUCGACGGUGGUGGAAGUAGCAGUGGCGUCGGUGGAAACAUUGGCGUUGGCAUCGGGCUGUCAGUGCCCUGCAAGGAUUUGCCUACACCCAGUUCCACCCCUACGACCACCAGGAAGACCCGGAGGCGGUCAAAUCUGUUCAACCCGUCCAAAAAAGACGACAAGAAUCGGUGUCUGGCCACCGGCGAGCUAGGCAGUGGCCGAGCCAUUCCUCUCAAACAGGGUUACUUGUACAAGCGCAGCAGCAAAGGUCUCAACAAAGAAUGGAAGAAGAAAUACGUCACGCUUUGCGACGAUGGGCGGCUAACGUACCAUCCUAGUCUGCACGACUAUAUGGAAGACGUGCAUGGUAAAGAAAUAUCGCUCCAGUAUGUCACGGUUAAGGUGCCUGGACAAAAACCAAGGGGAUCGAAAACUAUCAUGUCGCUUUCAUCUUCGACAACGUCGGCCAACCAUCACAGCAGCAACGGCAUAUCUGAACAUAUGUCAAACAUAUCGAUAUCGAAUUUUCAGUCAAAAGACAAACGAACGGCCGAUAAAGUGAUGCUCACCGCAUUCGAACUGCUGAAAGAGCCCAGCUAUAAGAACGGUGUUUCAGCUAACGGCGAUGAAUCAACAAUAAGUAUGUCGAACACUUCGUUGUCGACCAACAACGGUGAUCUCAAAGCCGAAACACCUAACGUGAAAAAGAGACACAGGCGAAUGAAGAGCAGUAACAUUAAGAACCAAGAGUGCGAAGACACGGACGGAUACGAAUUCCUAAUCGUAUCGUUGGACAAUAAACAGUGGCAGUUUGAAGCUAACAGCUCGGAGGACCGAGAUGAAUGGGUGGCCGCUAUCGAACAGCAAAUUCUCAACUCGUUACAAAGUAAUGAGAUUAACAAAGUUAAUGUUGGUGGUAAAUUUGGUUCGUCUUAUAACCGAGCAGAAGACGUGCAAAGCAUCCGGACACGAGUACCUGGAAACGGGCAGUGUGCUGACUGCAAUUCUCCGAAUCCCGAUUGGGCUAGUUUGAAUUUAGGAAUACUAAUGUGCAUCGAGUGUUCCGGCAUACAUCGCAACCUGGGCUCGCACAUAUCCAAAGUCCGAUCUCUCGACUUGGAUGGAUGGCCACCAUCUCACCUAAAGGUAAUGAUGGCGAUGGGUAACGAUCUGGCCAAUUCUGUAUGGGAAUCCAACGUCCGUCCUGACCGAACCAAACCCAAUCCUGGUUCGAGCCGAGAGGAGAAAGAACUGUGGAUACGUAGCAAGUAUGAAACCAAAGAGUUCCUACCAGCGAUAGGUCACACGCCCAACUUAUCGCAGCAGCUCAUCGACGCCGUGUACAGGUGUGACAUGAAAGCCCUCACGUUGAUAUUAGCUCACGCCAGUGCUGACCAGGUGAAUUGCGUCGUCAGUCACCGAGACUUGCGCACACCCCUACACCUAGCCUGCUCUGCAAUCAACCUUCCUAUAGCACAGCUACUCCUAUGGUACAAAGCAAACGCCAAAGCUGUGGACCACGAGGGCCGAACGUGUCUGCAACACGUGCGAGCGGCUUGUCGGGGCGCCGCCGGUGCCGCAUCCGUCCAAGACGUCGGUCCACUGACAGACUUACUCGUACAAAACGGCUGCCCCGAGAACGGGACCAGCACGCUGACUAGGCCGUUGGACAUACUUCCGUCCAGCGUCAUCUGAUCACCGACUCGACACAUCGCCGGCGGCACAGUUAUCGCAUAGCUUCGGGUGUCGGACAAGGGAGACGACGACGGUCCGUUUGGCGUGCGCGCAAAAAAAAUAAUAUAAUAAUUAAUUAAUGAUACCGCGCUGUGAUAGCUUUACAUAAUUAAUUAUAAAUAUAUAAUGUUAUAAAAUAAUCAUAAAUAUACAAAAUAUAGUGUUAAACGCGUCGUCCGUGUAACAAUAAUAGUAUAAUAAUCGCGUGUCCAGUCGUUGAUUCGAUAUUAAUUUUGUACCAGCGUUGAUGACAAACCCGGUACAGGUUAAAUUUUAUAUUAUACCCGUUGUAAACUGUGGACGGCGGCAACCGCAUCGCGUCCGUGACCUGUAUUAUAGGUAAUAUUAUUAUUGUUGUUUACUUUUAUUUUAUACCGUUUCGUGUUUAAUUACCUUGAUCGGCUUAUAUAUUAUUAUUAUUAUUAUUAUUAUUAUUUUAGACUAUGUAGUAAUAUUUUAUA